AAACGGAAGAGACGAAACAGAAAAGACUGAUUUCAAAAACCCAGAGGCUGCGACGAAGACACCUCUCUCUCCGGACGUCUCCUUUACCCUUUCUCUGUUUGUUUUUUUUUUCCCUUUCUUUUUCUUUCUCUCUUUUUUUGUUUUAAAGCUUGAACCCGGGGCGCACCCGUGGGAAAGGGAGGGACCCAGCCAGCCAGCCAGCCCGCCAGCCAGCCGAGGAGAAUGCCCACCCCGCCGCAGGUGAGGAAGAGCGUCCCGGAGCUCCUCAAGAGCAUCUACGGAGUCCUGCGGGUCCUCCAGAUCGUGCUGGGCGCCGGCCUGUGGGUCACCAUCGCUGCCAACAAGUAUGAGGGCUCCAUCCACUUCGUCCUCUUCGUCGCUGUGCUCUUCUGGCUCCUGACACUCGCCCUCCUCUUCCUCACCCUCUUGGGCAAGCAGGACCUGGUGCCCGUGGUGGGUGGGGAGCGCUGGUUGCUGAGCAACACCGUGCACGACCUGGUGGCCGCCGUGCUCUACCUCCCGGCCAUCGGCAUCAUGAUCUACAAGACGGAGAAGAACUCCUACUGCAACCUGGAGCAGUACAAGCACAAGUGCCUUUACAAGGUGUACCUCACCGCCUCUGUCUUCGCCUGCCUCGGGGCCGCCGCCUACUUGGUCUCGGCCAUUCACGGCUCAUGCAGGAAGUGCAGGGGUGAGCAGACUGUGGCAUGAACCUUCACCCCCCACCCCACCCCCACCCCU